UGCGGCCGAGCGUGUGUGGAGGCUGAUCUCGGAAGAAGUCUGUCUCCGCACUCGCCGGCUCACCGGACUGGCCGCUCUCGCCUGCUUGGUGCCGCGCUGCUCCACGCGUCGCGCCUUGGAGGAGUCGCUGCUGUCGCCACCGCCCGAAAAAGAGUCGGAGCCGCUGCGAGGCCGCUGUCCCCGCCAUGCCCAAGAAUAAGGGUAAAGGAGGUAAAAAUAGACGUAGAGGUAAGAAUGAGAAUGAAUCUGAAAAAAGAGAAUUGGUGUUCAAAGAAGAUGGGCAAGAAUAUGCUCAGGUAAUCAAAAUGUUGGGAAAUGGACGCUUAGAAGCAAUGUGUUUUGAUGGUGUAAAGAGGUUGUGUCACAUCAGAGGGAAAUUGAGAAAAAAGGUUUGGAUAAAUACCUCAGACAUCAUAUUGGUUGGUCUACGAGACUACCAGGAUAAUAAAGCUGAUGUAAUUUUAAAAUACAAUGCAGAUGAAGCGAGAAGUCUGAAGGCAUAUGGCGAGCUUCCGGAGCAUGCUAAAAUCAAUGAAACUGAUACAUUUGGUCCUGGCGAUGAUGAUGAAAUUCAGUUUGAUGACAUUGGCGAUGACGAUGAAGACAUUGAUGAUAUCUAAAUUGACAUCAACAUUUUUGCAUUCCAACUUCUCUGAGGAUUGUUCAACCAUUUGGAUUUUGGCUGUGGCCUACAAAAGAAGAUUAAAAUUUUCGUUAAUUUGAGUGUGGUUUGUUAAAGCAGACUGAUUUGUUUCUAAGGUUGUUUCUUUAAAAACUGGUAGUGCUGAGUUAAGUGAAAUGUAAAGCCCACUUUGUUCUUUUGGUGUAAUAGAGCUUAUGGGUAAAAGAGCACAUCUACUAUUUUUGAAAAAAGGAAAAAAACCUUUCCUACUUUGACCACUUCCAGUAAAUAAAUGGAUGUUUUGGAUAAACCAUUUGCCCUGUACUCAUGGGUUAUGAUUAAGCCCUAGUUUUGACUAGCCUGUUAACUGUACAGUGACUUUCUGUGUAUUCCAGUUACCUAGAUGUACCCUUGAGGUUUUGACAAAAUUUAAGAGAGGCAGAAGUCUGCAUUUAAAGUCAGAGAUGAUUAGGUCUGUUUUUCAUAUUUAAGUAGUGUGUGGCUAUUUUUAUACUAAUUUUGAUAUUGCAUCCAUUCUUUUCAUGACCUUAUUUUGCCAUGAUAAACAUCAGCAAGAAAGCCUUUCCAGCAUGCAGAUAGUAGAACCUGGGUUUUAAUAGCAAUUUUGAAUUUGUAAGGUUAGUAGUUGCAGAAAUUGAACACUAGGUGGCACACUCAGUUACUUAACAUUGGAAAUACUGAUUCAGUUGUAAACUUUUUACACUUACUGUGCAUACAAAAUUCCUAACCAAGAUUGUUUUGAUCAUAUGUGUGUAUGUUGAAUAUUUUUAAAGAACUAAAAUAUUGUUGUGUCAUUUUACUUCAGAAGUCAUACAUGUAAGCUACAAUUUUGAAAGCUUUAUAAAUACAUGACUUAUGUAUAAAUGAAAAUUUAAUUUCAUAGCAACUUGUACAAAUUAAGCCCUUUUCAAACUAUCCCUAAGCUGGGGAAAGGAGUGAAUAAUAAUUUAAUGAAAAGGUAAUGAAUGGAAGAGCUACAGUCGGGAAAUAUAAUAAAGACAAUAUCAUGCUGCACAGUAUAUCAUA